AUGAACUUCACCGCCGAUGCCUUCAACUUCGGGGCCUACACCUGCGUGUUAAAGACCGUGUCGUCAGGCUCCAACCGCUACUUGGCCGGCCGCAGCGUCCUCGACGACUUGGUCGACAUCACGGUACCCGAAAGCACCGGUCACUACUGCGCCACCUCAGCCGCGGGCAACUCAAAAGCGUACGGCCGCGCUACUUGCGACCCAAGUAAACUGUCGGACUGCAAUGACUGUCUCAGCUAUGCCAGAAAUUUCUUGGAGGACGUGUGCGAGUACUCCAUCGGAGGCCACGUUGUGGUCGGAGAGAGCGUCUGUUCCAUGCAGUUCGAUGCUGCUCCCAUCUCUCAAUGCGCUGCGUAA